AAUGUCAUCUAAAGAAAAGUAGUGUGCGGAAGUGUGUGGUUGUCAAGCCAAUCGUCUCGAACAGCAUGAAUUCUCGAGCUCAGGUUGACUUGAUUGAUAUGCAGAGUCAACCAGAUGGGAAGUACCGUUUCAUUUUCAAUUACCAGGAUCACUUGACCAAGAUGAUAUGCCUUCGAGCCCUACAGACUAAGACUGCCGAGGAGGUAGCUUUUCAUCUGGUUGACAUUUUCUGUGAUAAAGGAGCCCCUCAUAUUCUUCGAUCUGACAAUGGGAGAGAAUUUUCAAAUAAGGUAAUCAAGGAAGUUCUGGCUAUGUGGCCAGAAUGUAAGCUAGUUCAUGGGAAACCAAGAUAUUCUCAAUCACAGGGUUCCGUGGAACGAGCAAACAGAGAUGUUGAAGCAAUACUCGCUUGCUGGAUGAAAGAUAACAACACUACACAAUGGUCAAAUGGACUGCGCUUUGUUCAGUGGCAGAAAAACACGCGCUUCCAAUCUGGAAUUGGCAGGACACCUUAUGAAGCCAUGUACGGAGAAAAGGUUCAUCUUGGUAUUUCUGCUGUCAACAUACCAGAAGAAAUAAUGGAAGACAUGGAGACAGAAGAGCAGCUUGCAGAAGCACUUUGUUUAGUUAAUGAAGAAGAUAAAAAUGUAGAACAGGGGAGAAGUGCUGAAAGUUGUGCCAUAAAUUACAACUCGUGUGGUCAAAACAUUCCAUGUCAUCCUUCUGGUCAGUGUUGUUCAACUGUAAAUGACAAUGUUGAUGAUCCUGUGCUCUGAUGCCUAUGCAAUAGAAAUCGUAGCAUUCAGGCUGAACGAAGGGAAUCGAAAAUACAACAAGAGAAGCAAGCUAAAAAAAUGAAGGAUAAAUCAGUACAGCGUUUCAAGCCAGCCCUUGCAGGGGACACUGUCAUGGUUCCUAUCCCACUUGUUGACCGUGGACGAGCGGAGUUUGCGAAUGCAAAGGCAAUUAUAACUGAGACAAUGGAGGGCGGAACUUACAAACUAGGGACAAAACAUGGUUUACUUAAACAGGUGUACAGUCGGAAUCAGUUCACUUUAUGCGCUGAAAAAUUUAUGUCACUCGAAGAGGUAAUAAAGGAUCGCAAAGUCAGUAUGCGAGAGGUAGCUAUUGCCGACUCGAUGGGACAUGGCCAGGGGAUCAGUAAGUGUAGCUGCACCCAGUCAUGUCGGAGCAGACGCUGUAAAUGCUUCAAAAACGAAGUAUUGUACAACAGCAGAUGUAAAUGCAGCAACUCUUGUUCAAACAAGUCAGAUAAUGCUAAUUUUGAUAAUUGUUGAAAUAAUUUUCCAGUUCAGUUUUAGUUCUUUCAAUAUUCUAAUAUACUUGUAAUGUGUAAUGUAAGUGUUUAAUGUUGAAUAAAUGACCAGCAGCUAUUGGGGUAACUUUACAAAAGGACCAACGAUACUAAUAGUCAUUUUGCAAAAUGACCAAACUUCUGGUCAUU